UGAACGCAGCAAUCUUUCCCCGAGGAGGAGGAUCGCCCCACGAUGUGAGCUAGUGCUGCUGCCGACCAAGCUAGGAGCUCGCUGGAGCAGUUACUUCAGCCUAUAUGGCUUUUGUCGUCACUUGCGCGCGAGAUCAUCCACCGCGCCACCACAGGCGCUCGUCGGGCCGCCAGACAAAAGUGCUGGGUGAACCAGUUUGACUGCCGCUCAGCCGGGCGAGUAUUUGCCUUCUGCUAUAUCUAUAGGGACCCAGCGAGAUACCGGAGCGUUGCCCCCGGUCUUUUCGAUCAUCGAACCAUGUCUUGGCAUCCCGCGGCAGCGUCAUGAGGGGGAGGGGCUCUCCAGCGCUAACGCUCCAGGAAUCCGCAACAGUACGUAGUAUAAGUAUUCCGCGAGCUCCAGACUCUAUGCUUGUCUAUCCAAAACCAAUUACGAUACUAGCACAGCAUCAUGGCCGAAACUAAGCAGACAACGCGCACCUUCACGCUCAACACUGGCGACAAGAUCCCCGCUGUUGGCCUGGGGACCUGGAGGGCCAAGCCCAACGAGGUGGCGACGGCUGUCGAGGCUGCCCUCCGCGCGGGCUACCGCCACAUCGACACCGCCCAUGCCUACGGCAACGAGCGCGAGGUCGGCGACGGCAUCAAGGCCUCGGGCGUCCCGCGCUCGGAGAUCUGGCUGACGACCAAGCUCGACAACCCAUGGCACAAGCACGUCGUCGAGGGCCUCAACGCCAGCCUGGAAGCGCUCCAGACGGACUACCUCGACCUCUUCCUCAUGCACUGGCCCUGCUCGACGGACCCCGACGACAAGUCCAAGCACUACGCGGACUGGGACUUUCGCGAUACGUGGCGCGAGAUGCAGAAGCUCGUGGGCACCGGCAAGGUGCGCAACAUUGGCGUCUCCAACUUUGCCAUCACCAACAUGGAGAAGCUGCUCGCCAGCCCGGACACCAAGAUCGUGCCCGCGGUCAACCAGAUUGAGCUGCACCCCUCGCGCCCGUCGCCCAAGCUGGUCGCCUACAACACGUCCAAGGGCAUCCACUCGACGGGCUACUCGUGCCUCGGGUCGCUCGACUCGCCCCUGUACACAAACGACAAGAUCCUGGGCAUCGCCGAGGCCAAGGGCAAGACGCCGCAGCAGGUCCUCCUCAUGUGGGGCCUCACCAAGGGCUGGAGCGUGAUCCCCAAGAGCGUCACGCCCAAGCGCGUCGAGGCCAACUGGCAGCUCGACGGCUGGGGUCUGACGGACGAGGAGGUCAAGGCCAUUGACUCGAUUCCCGACCGCUUCAAGGUCUGCGACGACAAGUGGCUGCCUGUGCAGGUCUUCUUCGGAGAUGAUGAGUAAGGAGGUGCAAUGUCGCUGGCUCUAUAGAGAAAUAGAAUAGAGAAUAGAAAGAAAAACAAAGUGACAAA